AUGCGUUCGAGCUCAUACAUUAAUCUACCUUCACAAAUUAAAAGAAAGAAAGCCUGUAUUAACGUGCAAAACAAAGAUAACGAGUGCUUUAAGUGGGCGGUACUGUCAGCCUUACAUCCAAAUGUCGUGAGAAGUGAUCGUGUUUCCAACUAUAAAGAAUUUGAAAAUGAGUUGAAUUUUGAAGGUAUAGACUUUCCAGUAACGUUAAAAAAUGUCUCAAAAUUUGAAAAGUUAAAUAAUAUUUCGAUUAAUGUCUAUGGUUUAUCAAAAUAUUAUGGAAACUUCUCAACGCACCCUCUUCACCUUACUACAGAGAAAAGAGAUAAACAUGUAAAUCUCUUAUAUGUUGCUGACAUGUAUGCAGAUGAGGGUAUUGAUAAUAAUGUAUUGUAUAAUGAUGAUGGUUUUAUGAACUUCCAUUAUGUGUGGAUUAAAGAUUUAUCGCGACUAGUGUCUACACAAUUGUCUGCUACAAAUGGUAAAAAACAUAUCUGUGAUCGAUGCUUACAUUAUUUUUCAUCUACAGAUAGACUGAAUGCUCACCUUGAAAAUUGUAAAAAAAUGAAUGAGUGUAAAGUAACGUUACCAAAACCUGACAAGAGUCUAAUUACAUUUAAAAAUUAUAAGAAUAAAGAAAAGGUGCCAUAUGUAAUUUACGCCGACUGUGAAAGUCUACUUCUUCCAGCGGAUAAAGAUGUAGACAAUUUAAGUAAGACUGAAGUCUUCCAGCGUCACAAAUUGUUAAGCAUCGGAUAUUAUAUAAAAUGUAGCUACGACGAAACAUUAUGUAAAUAUGUGCCGUGUCCGAAAAAUGAAUCUAACCCUGCUAAAUGGUUUACUGAGGAAUUAAGGCAAUUAUCUGAAAAAAUUGAUAAUGUAUUUAAAAAUCUGAUACCAAUGAAUGCCUUAACUCCUCAUGAAAUCAGUGACUUCAAGCGAGCGACAAUAUGUCACAUUUGUAAUGAGAAAAUACCGGCAAGUGAGAAGAAAGUCCGCGAUCACUGUCACCUUACUGGCAAAUAUAGGGGUGCUGCCCAUGAAUCAUGCAAUUUAAACUAUCAAGAUUGUCAAACGAUCCCCGUAGUCUUCCACAAUUUAAGCGGUUACGACGCCCAUUUUAUAAUUCACGCGAUCUCGACGAGCUUUGAAGGAAAAAUUGACCUCCUCCCCAUUAACAAAGAGAAGUAUAUCUCUUUUACUAAACAUGUCAAGGGGAGUGAGGUCAAAUUUAGAUUCAUUGACUCAUUGCGAUUCAUGGCAGCAUCCCUGGAAAAACUCGCAUCCUACUUAGACGAGUAUAAAAUUGUAAACUCCGUUUUUGCCAGUACGGUGACAGAUCCGGAUAAAAUCAAAUUAUUGACGCGUAAAGGUGUAUUCCCCUAUGAGUACUUUGACUCGAAAAGUAAGCUUGAUGAAACCGAAUUACCCCCGAUAGAGAAAUUUUAUAGUACUCUGUAUGACGCUGGUAUUUCUGAUGAUGAGUAUGCGCAUGCGCAGAAUGUAUGGACUGAGUUUAACUGUCAGAAUCUCUACGACUAUGUACAAUUGUAUAUGAAAACAGAUGUAUUGUUACUUGCGGAUGUCUUUGAAAAUUUUCGAAAAGAAUGUGUUAAAGCGUACGGGUUAGAUCCUCCUCACUAUUAUACGACCCCUGGUUUAACUUGGGAUGCUAUGCUCAAGUACACGAGCAUAGGAUUGCAACUAAUAACCGAUAUCGAUAUGAUUAUGUUUGUUGAGUCUGGUAUUAGAGGUGGCGUAAGUCAAUGCUGCAACCGAUAUACUAUAGCGAAUAAUAGAUAUAUGGAAAAUUUCGAUGAUAGCAAAGAUACUAGCUACAUCAUGUACUUUGACGCCAACAAUUUAUAUGGCUGGGCAAUGGCUCAAGCGCUCCCUUAUGGCGGCUUUAAAUGGGUUGAAAAUGUCGACAACUCUUUCAAUUUUAAUGUAUCCGACGAUUUACCUGUUGGAUACAUACUCGAAGUUGAUUUGAAGUAUCCUGAAAAUCUCCACGAUACUCACAAAGACAUGCCAUUUUGCGCAGAAAAUGCGAAACCACCCCUCUCGAAACAGGAGAAAUUAUUAACAACUCUCCAACCAAAAGAAAAAUAUGUGAUCCACUACCACACUUUAAAACAAGUUGUCGCCAACGGCAUUAAGCUUGUAAAAAUUCACCGAGUCUUACAGUUUAAGCAAUCAACAUUGCUUAAACCAUACAUCGACUAUAAUACGAUGAUGCGAACCAACGCCAAAAAUGAGUUCGAGAAAAAUUUGUUCAAGCUCAUGAACAACGCUGUGUACGGUAAAACAAUGGAAAAUGUCCGUAAACAUGUCGACAUUAAGCUUGUCACCCAAUGGUUUGGCCGCUAUGCAAUCAAAGAUUAA